UCGCGGACGAAAUUGUAGUUCAGAGAAUGAGCUCGGAAGUGUCUGGUAAACAGCAGAAAUAUUCCCGAAUCGGCCCCCAAGAAUUUGUGCCGUUUGAUUAUGAGGAAUUAACGUUCGAAAACAUUGUUCAAUCUUGCCAAAAGCAUUUUGCGGGACAAAUUGAGAAAGGCACAGUCUGUGACAUCCUGGCAGGCGAACGUGGCCCAUCGUGUAAAACUAUGAGCCAAAUACCGAACAAAAAGGUAUUUUACGUGCGAUUCAUUAAACCCGAAACGCCAAGCGAAGUCAGCGCAAUUUUCGAUGAUGAAGUCGAAGAUCUAGCUCUCGAAGAUCAGGUUUGUUCGUUAAUAAUGCCACAGAAAAAAAUCAGGCGAACAGGCAGAACGGCUAUGUCUCAUCCUAGCCCUCAGAAGAAUACAAAUACAUCAAAACAAAGCAACAAAAGCAAAUUCUACCCCAAAAGUUUAUCGCUAAAAGACAUGCUGCAUCUAGGAAAAGCCUUUCCAAAGAAAGAAUCCACUAUUAUUUCUAUAUUUCAAUUUAAUUUUAAACACAUGCUUUGGUCAACAGUGCCUAUAAAAGCAGAAUUCAUGAUUGAAGAGUCACCGUUUGCUGCUGGUGGUUUCCGAAAAGCAUUUAAAGCCACCAGUAUAACACCAGGCUUUGAAGAAACUACAUGGGUAGUGAAGAAGUAUUUGCCAAGUGCUGUUGACACAAUUACACAAACAAAAGAGACCGAACAAACACACACACAGAAGUCAGUGCAAAUGCACUAUUUGGCAAAAAAUUUUGCUUCACAAUUACAGCAAAAAGUUGCCAAGGAUGGAAUUAAAGAUUUUGGGCAAAUCUUUGAAUACAAAAAAGUCUUUAUGGGCAAAACGGAUGAAGGGAAAUAUGUUACAAUUGAAGAGUACAUAGACGGGGAAUUUGUAAAAUACAUUAAUAACGACGGAUAUAUUUGUGAGGAUGGAGAUAUUUGCAACAAGGCACAAGCAUUUGCUCACUUCACAUAUGAAAAAUCCGAGGGCAAAUUGAUUGUUUUAGAUGUCCAGGGUGCUGGGCAUACCCUCUACGACCCCGAAAUUGCCACCCUAGAGCUGGUGGGUGAUGAUGGUAACUAUAUGUUUUGUACUGGUAAUUUGGCUGAAGGAGCAAUUAUUGGCUUUUUUAACAAUCAUUAUUGCAAUAAAUAUUGUGAACUCUUAGGUCUUAAAUUAAGGCCAAAGGCUAAAUGA